ACUGCCAAAGACAACGAAGCACAAGUGGACGGGACAAAGUACUGUUCCUGUCAACAAGCGUCCGAGGAUAGUGACGACUAUAUGAUUGCCUGCGACAACGCUACCUGUCGGUACCACUGGUUCCAUUGGAAAUGUGUAGGUGUUAGAGAAGCGCCCAUCGGUGACUGGAUGUGUCCAGAAUGCGAAAAACAACAAACGCACGACCGUAGU